CUUUAUCACUCACUCUUAGCUUCUUCAUAUCGAUCUACUCCAUAGUCCAAACAUCAUCAUGGCUUUCAGAUCACAGGCUUACUUGAAAUCCAUGAUCAAUAGCUUAAGCGGGAGAGUAUCAAUGUAUGGAACAUCCACACUUCCCAACUUAAAGUCUUACGUCCCUUCUGCUGCGGCUACAGAUAAGCCACUCAAACAAUCUUUGCCAAGGGGAAAGAAAGGAGAUUUGGUGCCGGUUUACGUGGCGAUAGCGAUGAUUGCACUGUCGACGAGUUUCGGUUUGCACACGGCCAUGCACCAGCUGAAGCGCGCGCCGAAUGUGUUCGUGAAAAAGUGUAGGAGAGAAACGCUGCCGGAGCUGGUGGAGCCGGAGCACGUGGCGGAGGAGUCCGAUCAAUUCCUCAACAAAUCUUUCUUCCGGAAAGUGGCUCACAUCCAACCCACGGCGGCUCAUGACCCCCUCGGUUGUGUUUAUACUAGGCACCCUCGGGUGGAGACGUUGAAAUCUGUAGGGGUGGAGCCAAUGCCAUGAUUAUUGCGUAACGGAGAGUAUUUAUAUAUAACUAUAUAUGUACAUGUACUAUUUGUAGUUUGUAAGUUAUACAUGUAAAAUAUAUAACACUUAAUUAUUCAGUACGGGGUAGUGUUUGAUAAUGGCGAGGGAAAAAAUUGAACAUAUAGAAGUCAUGUUGUUUGUUGUGUUACAUUAU